UUGAACAAGAAAAAAACGUUUCUGAUAUAAGUAAAGCGACUGGAAGGGACAUUUAUUUUCGAACACCAAUCAUAGAACUUAUUGAUAAUGACGUAUCAAAUAUGGAGACAAGAUAUAGGUUAUGAGAAUGAUUCAGGCAACGUUAUAUCUACAGGAUGUUCUAAAUUAGAUUGUUUUCUGGGAGGUGGAUUACCCGUAAAAGGUAUAACACAAAUUUAUGGAGAAUCUGGUGUUGGAAAAACUCAAUUAGCUCUGCAGCUGUGCUUAAAAAACGUACAGGAAAAAAAAAGUGGUGUAGCUUAUAUCUCAACUGAUGCAAUAUUUCCCAGUAAACGCUUACAAGAGUUAAGAAGAAAGAUAUUUAUUCGAAACCAUUCCAAUGUUAAUUAUGAUCGGAUAUUUAUUGAGCAUAUUUCAAGCAAGAAAGAUUUUGAAGAUUGUAUCUUUAGUUCUAAGAGACUGCAGUAUCUAUUAUCUAAAUAUAAUAUCCAAUUAUUAAUAAUCGAUUCUAUAGCAGGAACUUAUAGGUUUGAAUAUGAAACUCGUAACAUUAUUGAUAGAGCUAAGAGCUUGAGAAAAAUGGGAUAUCAGCUACAAAAGCUAGCGAGUUUACAUAGUUUAGCAGUGGUUUGCAUUAAUCAGGUUACAGCCGUUCCACAAAAUUUGUGUGGAAAACAAUCUUUCGCAAGAGUACAACCAUCCUUAGGAAUUACUUGGGCUAGUAUUGUUACUAACUCUUUUUAUAUGUAUAAACAAAAUAGUCACCGUUAUUUUUACGUAGCAGGAUCACCUUAUUUACCGAAUAAAACAAUAGAAUAUAAAAUUUUGGAUUCUGGAGUUGUAAUGUUGACAAGUUAAAUGAUGCUUUUUUUUCAAAUUGUUUUUUACCAUGUCAUGUUGUUUUGAAUCACUUUGAUUAAUUUUUGUUGAAACUCAUAGUUAAUGAACGAAUAUUGGUUAUUUGUAUGUUUUCUAGUAAUUUUCGAAAUAUAGUGAUUUCACUUAUCACCAAAUAAAACAUUCAUAUAAAUAAAAUAUAUACUAGCUGCUUGUAUUUUAAUAAAUUUGAAUUGUGU